AUCGUAUCCUUUAAUUUUGGGGCAUGAGAUAAUGAACCAACAGCUUGAGACUUGAGAUGAGCUGCGCUACGCCGCUAUUCUCAGAAGACAUACAUAACCUCCAAGUUGAUGCCCUUUGCAUCCAUGACCUCAUGGGCUCUUAUAAUUGUUACUUGUGUUGCCGGCUAACCGAAGAGGACAUUCAGUUCAAUACUUUAGUGGCACUCGCUGACCUGACCCAUUUGGCCAGUCACAUUGCCAGGGGCGGAGGAAGGUGAUGGAUCACCUUUACAAGUCUCACUCGUGGAAGUAUGGCAUGAUGCUUUGUAUUCCGAACGUGCUUCUUGCAUCGAAUGCAUCGAAGAAGCUUGCUGUCAACGAAGUGACAUUUACGCAUGCUGUAUUUUGGGGUGCUGCCCAUCCAGACGUCAGUAGCUGCUGGUCGGAAACGAGGACCUUUGAGAUGUGUUGUGUGAAGUGGGACUCCGGCGCCUUACCAGGCCAAAAAUGUUGGUCUAACGGGAACCGUCCCCAGCUUUACCAACUAUGCUGCAUUGCCAAGCCAGAUCAACCUCCGAGAUCCUUUUUCUCCUGUGUUGGCAGGGGCGUUUUCUGGGAGCGUUUGCGUCAAACCGUGUCCCUUUUCAGAUCCUUCCAGGCUUUAAGUGACACGCCUUUGGAAAAGGCCAAUCCACAUGAGUGCUUGCUAGGUGGAGUGCUUGCCAGCAUGCUGACAUUGGUGCACAUCACGACUGCGAACAGGUCAAUGGAAAGGAAGGUGCAAGAUUAUGAUCGUGCGGAAUACCUACUCAAAGUCUUAUUCAGUAGUCCUGUGACAUUGGAAGAAAUCUUGGCAUCUGGUUGGCCAUUAUUUCUCACAUUAGACUUUUUCCGUUGGGAUCCAGGCUUUCAGGAAUUGGCUGACAAGCGCCUGCCUGGUGUCAUGGCAGGCGACCAAACAAUGCGGUGGAGCAACACGCUCAGUACUGCAAUUCAGGCUGAGUCAAAUGGCCGAAUACCCACUGACCUGGUCAUGAAGCUUUCAAGCAGCGUCGCCAAAUCAGAGGAGCAAGUGCUUUGGCAGCUUAUGCCAGCCUUUGUCUCGCUUGUUAACUACCACAACCUCCGUAAGGUUGACUUGCCUCGUGCUGAAGAACUUUCACCUCUUGGAUUUGAAGCUAAGCAGUUGAUCCUUCUUGCAGAUGCACAGCUGAAAGCCUGGAUAUCUCUGUUCACCCAUCCAUUUUCUUUGCUGAUUAAAGUGGAGGUUCCUUUAGUAAAUCUGCUGCAGGCUUUGUCUUGGCCUGGAGUGGUGCUGACUCAUCCAGGGGCUUACAUGGCAGACACGGUGCAUUUUCCUGGCUCUCGCUUGGCGGAGGUUGUCGCGCGACCGCAGCGCUUCGCUGAUUUGCCCUUGGUUGAGCAACACAUUUUCUCUGGCUUUGACGCUGCAAGCAACAUGGUCAGAACAACAGGUCAACCAAUGUGCUAUGCUCCCGGAUUCUUGUUUGUAAUUCUAGCUAUGGCAGCCCUUGGCAGUUGUGAUGGUAUUGACAGAAUUGUAUGUGGAACAUGGCCGGCAGUGCGGGUGUGGGACAUCGGUGCUAGCUAUGGGGAUUGCUUGCUCUGGGCUGCCGCUGUGCUUCUUUCGCAUUGGGCUGGCCCAAAGCUUGAGCUUCGUGGUUUUGAAGCCCUUCCAACAGCCGCAGCUGCAUUCAAAAGAUCCGCAGAAAGUUUGCGAGAGGCUUGGAGAUAUGAAACGAGCGCGAGAGGCUCCAUGAGAAACAUUGACUUUUCUCUCCUUGUGGAGGAAUUGGCCAUGAGAGAGGUUCGGGAGAGCAUUGAGAUCUCUUAUCCCAGCCAUUCCAUGGCACUGGCAACCUUCCACCGAUGUCAGGAGAGAUAUGCGGGUGAAGCAUCCAACAAUCUUUUGAAUUGCAUUGUGAAAACAACGCGCUCGGAAACUUUGGACACAUAUCUCUUUGACCUGCCUGCACGUGGGCCCAUUGAUGUGUUGAAGAUCCAUGUGCAAGGAGAUGAGCUCUCUGUGCUGCGCGGCGCUAGGGCAUCGCUAGACAGUGGCUUCGUGUGUCUCCUCCACAUGAACCUAGAGACCCUUUCGCUGCAGACAGACGAUGUGCAAUCCUUGAGUCAGAUGGCUGAAGAGGUGCUUCAGAUCCUGCAUUCUGGCUUCAAAGGUGUCUUAGUCAGUUUAUGGGACCAGCGACCGGCAACUAGGGAAGCUGUGAAGUUUGCAAUUCUGAAGAGCCAAAAUCCUGAUAAGAGCACUUGGCGGCCGCCUGAUGCAAAGAGGCCUCCUAGCUCGGAAGAGCUACACCAUGAGCUAGUUGCAUGGACAGAACAGGGUGAAUGCAAUAAGAGUGUUGCAGUGGCUGCUGCCUCUAGCCUUUGGGCUUCAAUGGCUGUCGCUUUUGACUCUGAGCAGAGGAAGUCAGAGUCGGCAGAUGUUGGCUAACAUGAUGAGGCAAAAACCUCAACAAUCGACUUUCCUGCAAUACUUCGGGAGGCUAUAUAAAGCAAGGCAAUCCCAGAAAAAGCAUGAGAAAGCAUUUUGUCAACACCUGUGAGUCAGUGAGUGCUUCUGAUUCGCUCAUUCAU